UAUGGCGUUGAUGCUAUUUCCGGUUUCUGUCUCUUUUGGAAUAAAAAUCCGUCAACAUGGGUCGUAUGCACGCUCCUGGCAAGGGUAUAUCCCAAUCAGCACUUCCAUAUCGCCGCUCCGUGCCGUCAUGGCUUAAACUCACCGCGGAUGAUGUUAAGGAUCAAAUUAAGCGGUUGGGAAAGAAGGGAAUGACCCCAUCGCAAAUUGGUAUUAUCCUUCGAGAUUCGCACGGUGUUGCUCAGGUGAGAUUUGUCAAUGGCAACAAAAUCCUGCGUAUCAUGAAAUCCGUGGGCUUGAAGCCUGACAUCCCGGAGGAUCUGUACUACCUGAUCAAGAAGGCCGUGGCCAUCCGUAAGCACCUCGAGAGGAAUCGUAAGGACAAGGACAGCAAAUUCCGUCUUAUUCUCGUGGAAUCCCGUAUUCAUCGGCUUGCCCGUUUCUACAAAACAAAGGGGGUUUUGCCACCAAACUGGAAAUACGAAUCCAGCACGGCAUCUGCCCUUGUGGCUUAAUGUGUGUCCGGAAACACUUGAUGCAAAAUAAGAAGGGAUAUUGAAAAAAAUAUUUCUUUUAUUUUACU